CCGCGCUCUCGGGGCUGCCUGGGGAUGUCGGAGGAGGCGGUGGCGGUAGAAGUGACGUGACCGGCCCUUGCUUUGUCCCCGCAGAGCACCAAGAUGUUGAAUUACAGCCCCUCGGGUGUCGGCGGGUGCCUGCUGGACAGGAAGGCGGUGGGCACCCCGGCGGGCGGGGGUUUCCCUAGGAGGCACUCUGUCACCCUGCCCAACUCCAAGUUUCACCAGAACCAGCUCCUCAGCAGCCUGAAAGGGGAGCCGGCUCCCAUGCUGGGCCCCCGGGAAAGCCGUUUCCGGGACCGCUCCUUCUCGGAGGGCGGCGAGCGCCUACUGCAGCAGAAGCAGCCCGGGGGACAGGUCAACUCCAGCCGCUACAAGACGGAGCUGUGCCGCCCCUUCGAGGAGAACGGCGCCUGUAAGUACGGUGACAAGUGCCAGUUCGCCCACGGCAUCCACGAGCUGCGGAGCCUCACCCGCCACCCCAAGUACAAGACCGAGCUGUGCCGCACUUUCCACACCAUCGGCUUCUGCCCCUACGGGCCGCGCUGCCACUUCAUCCACAACGCGGAGGAGCGCCGCGCCGUGGCAGGGAGCCGGGAGCCCGCCGUCACCGACAGACCCCGCCUGCAGCACAGCUUCAGCUUCGCCGGCUUCCCCAGCACUGCUGCCAGCGGGCUGCUGGACAGCCCCACCUCCAUCACACCGCCGCCCAUGCUGAGCGCCGACGAUCUGCUGGGCUCCCCCACCUUGCCUGACUGCGCCAGCAACCCUUUCACCUUCUCCAGCCAGGAGCUGGUCAGUCUCUUUGCCCCCAGCAUGGGGGUGCAGGUGCCCAGCGGGAGCUCCCCCACCACCUUCUUGUUCAGGCCCAUGUCUGAGUCCCCCAACAUGUUUGACUCGCCACCCAGUCCUCAGGACUCCCUCUCUGACCAGGAGGGCUAUCUGAGCAGCUCCAGCAGCAGCCACAGCGGCUCAGAUUCCCCUAUCCUGGACACCUCAAGACGCCUUCCCAUCUUCAGCAGACUCUCCAUCUCCGACGACUAAUCUGGGGUUUCCUCUUGCCCCUCCCCACCUCUAUUACAAUGUUAAGCUGAACUCCCCCCAACCUUGUCCCCAGUAGUCCAAGCUGGAUGUUAACAUGUCCACCUGCCUGCCUGACACGCACUGGCUAAAACCUUAAGUGCCAAAAUUACGAUGAGAAGCAAUAACGUUUACAAAAUAGUGCCUUUUAACACUUUUCACUGUGACUGUAUUACCUCUCCAGCUGCAGAGGGCACCAGCAGCUCUGUGCACUUCCAGAUGUGCAGGAAAUGUCCGAAUCCGGCUCCCUCCGCUGGCCACGUACUGCAUCGCCCUCUCCCAGUCCCUUCCCAAAUGGCCAGUUUCUGCUAGGCUGCAGGCAUGUGGGCGAGUGUUAACAUCCAGCCCUUUCUCCCCUCCCCUUAAAGACUAAAUCUUGCCUGGAUCCGCUCAGGUCUGCGGGAAGAAAAGCUGAGAAUGGACAAAGAUUGUAACAUGAGUGGGACUUCGACUGGGAGGAAGGAAACAAAAGAAAAGCAAAAAAACAGAUGGACUAUGAGAGACUUGAUUUUGGUGCUAAAAGUUCCCCAUGUACACAUGUGACAUCUUAAAACAAAUAAAGAAAUAGAGGG